AUGUCAAAAAAAUCGCCCGCUAUUGGUAUUGAUUUGGGAACCACCUACUCCUGCGUUGGUGUCCUUAUUGGAGAUCACGUCGAGAUCAUUGCAAAUGAUCAGGGAAACAGGACAACUCCCUCCUAUGUCGCAUUCACAGACACUGAGCGUCUUAUCGGAGAUGGUGCCAAAAAUCAGGCUGCCAUGAACCCAGAAAAUACAGUCUUCGACGCUAAGCGUCUGAUUGGCCGUCGUUUUGACGAUCCAAUUGUCCAGUCUGAUAUGAAGCAUUGGCCAUUCAAGGUCGUUGAUGCCAACACCAAGCCCAAGAUUAGCGUUGAAUUCAAGAGCGAAAAGAAGGAGUUUACUCCCGAAGAGCUUUCUUCCAUGAUCCUCAUCAAAAUGAAGGAGACUGCUGAAGCAUAUCUCGGUACUACGAUCACCAAUGCUGUGAUCACGGUUCCUGCCUAUUUCAACGAUUCUCAGCGCCAAGCAACCAAGGAUGCCGGUGCUAUUGCCGGUCUCAAUGUGCUCCGCAUCAUCAACGAGCCCACCGCUGCAGCCAUCGCUUAUGGUCUCGAUAAACAAUCUGACAAGACCGAGCGUAUUGUGCUGAUCUUUGAUUUGGGUGGUGGUACUUUUGAUGUUUCUUUGCUCUCCAUGGAAGGUGGUGUCUUUGAAGUAAAGGCAACCGCUGGUGACACGCAUCUUGGAGGAGAAGACUUUGAUUCCAGAAUGGUUAGCCAUUUUGUCGAGGAAUUCAAGCGCAAGCACAAAAAAGACAUCUCUGGAAACGCACGUGCCAUCCGCCGUCUUCGUACAGCCUGCGAGCGUGCUAAGCGCACCUUGUCCUCAGCCACAACCGCUUCCGUUGAAAUCGACUCUCUAUUUGAGGGCAUUGAUUUCUACACCUCCAUCACUCGUGCUCGCUUUGAGGAGCUUUGCCAGGACCUCUUCCGCUCUACGCUUGAUCCCGUGGAAAAGGUUCUUAAGGAUUCUCAAAAGUCCAAAAAUCAGGUUGACGAAAUUGUCCUUGUCGGUGGCUCCACCCGCAUUCCCAGAAUCCAGAAGCUGGUGCAAGACUUUUUCAAUGGAAAGGAGCUCAACAAGAGCAUCAAUCCUGACGAGGCUGUUGCUUAUGGUGCAGCCGUCCAGGCUUCCAUCCUUAAUGGCGAUAUUUCGGAAAAGACCCAAGAUAUCUUGCUUUUGGAUGUCGCUCCCUUGUCUCUCGGUAUCGAGACUGCCGGAGGUGUCAUGACCCCCCUUAUCACUCGCAACACAACGAUUCCUACGAAAAAAGCCCAGGUAUUUUCCACGUAUUCUGACAACCAACCCGGAGUUCUUAUUCAAGUCUUUGAAGGCGAGCGCACCAUGACCAAAGACAAUCAUUUGCUGGGCAAGUUCGAGUUGGACGGUAUUCCACCAGCCCCCCGUGGUGUGCCCCAAAUUGAGGUUUCAUUCGACAUCGAUGCUAAUGGCAUUCUCAAUGUCUCUGCCGUUGAUAAGACCACCGGUCGCUCUAACAAGAUCGUUAUCACCAACGAUAAGGGCCGUCUUUCCAAGGAUGAAAUUGAGCGCAUGAUUAGCGAAGCCGAAAAGUUCCGCAAAGAAGAUGAGGCGGUCGCUGAUCGCGUUACUUCCCGCAAUUCGCUCGAGUCAUACACUUACAGUCUCAAGAACUCUCUCCAGGAGAAAAACAUUUCGGAAAAGCUUUCUGCCGACGAAAGGAAAACCCUUGACUCUGCCAUCGAUGAGGCCGUCAAGUGGCUGGACCAAAACCAAACGCUUGAGAAGGAUGCUUAUGAAGAUAAAAAGAAAGAGUUGGAAGAAAUUGCUAAUCCCAUUCUUUCCAAAAUUUACGGUGCAACUGGAGGCAUGCCAGAAGGUGGUAUGCCUGGUGGCUUCCCCGCCGGUGGCUUCCCAGGUGCCCCUGGAGCUUCUGGAUCUGCUGCUGCAGAUGCCAACGGCCCAACCAUUGAAGAGGUCGACUAA